AUGGAGAACCAAACAACCAUUGACCAUUUUGAUAUUAUGGCUUUUUCUAAUUCAGCAAAUAACCGUUCUCUAUUGUUUUCUGUAUAUCUCAUUAUCUACUUGACUGGGCUGUUGGGUAACAUCGUUAUAGUCUUAUGUGUGAUCAUUGACGUGCGCCUACAUAAGCCCUUGUACAUCUUUUUGACCAACCUGUCGGCUGUGGAUGUGAUGUUCACAUCAGCAACUCUACCAAAACUGAUGGACAUUCUACUCACUGGGAACAACACAAUAUCUUUUGUACAAUGCUUCACCCAAAUGUUCCUCUUCAUGUUUGCUGCCUGCACAGAGGACAUGCUGCUGUCUUAUAUGGCCUAUGACCGAUAUGUGGCCAUCUGUAAACCAUUAUAUUAUCACUUGAUUAUGAAUAGGAGGAAUUAUAUAUCAGUUCUAAUCUCUAUAUGGAUGUUGACCUUUGGUAACGCCUUGUUUCUUACUCUUACCAUUUACCAGAUAAAUAUAUGCCUCUCUAAUAAAAUACAACAUUUUUUCUGUGAGAUGAAAUCUUUCGACAGAAUUCUUUGUGCCAACAUCAAACUUCAUCUCAUUCUUUUUACUGAGCUCUCAUUUGGGUUUUUCCCGUUUCUUCUUUGCUUAACAUCAUACAUCAAAAUAAUAUCUGUCAUUCUCAGAAUUCCUUCCACCACUGGUCGAAAGAAAGCCUUCUCCACCUGCACCUCACAUCUUACCGUCUUGGGUAUGUUCUACGGGUCCGGUCUGUGUAUGUACCUUAAGCCUCCUCCGGAACAUGUGGAGGAACAGGACUUGGUGUUCUCAACACUAUUUUCGGCAGUGAUCCCCAUGUUGAACCCAAUUAUAUAUAGUUUAAGGAAUGAAGAGGUAAAGUCGGCACUAAGGAAAAUUGUUACAUUGAAAUACAGAAGUAGAAAACUUUAA